AUGGGUGAGCAAAUUGAGUUGGUCGGAAACGGAUCGGUCCCGCAUGAUCGUCAAACUCGUCCACCACUACGGAAAAUGAGCACACAUGAAAUCACCAUCGGUACCGAUCAGGACCCAUUCAACAAACCAGAACAUGUUCACACGUUAAAGGGACGUGAACUCUACGUAUUCGUGAUCUUCUACACUGUAGCGGUAUUCUUAAUAGUGAUGAUGUUCGAAUUCUUUAUGCCAGUGCUAUUCAAUCCGAACUAUCCUGACAUGAACUGA